AUGAGCUCACCACUCCGUCCCAGCAAUUCCGCCGCAAACCGCGGACUUGGAAACUUGAGUCGACGUAAAAGAUCGAGAGAGCCUGACGAUGAAACCUCUUCGGUCGCUCCCCCCUCCAGUCCCCCCCCUUCCUCCCCUCCUAUGCUCCCCUUUGAUGAUGAUGAUGAAAGAGAUGAAGAAGCCGAGCUUUUGGCGGACAUUGAUGAUAUUGAGGAGAUGGCCGAGGAUGAGGACGGAAUCGAUCUGUUUGGUGACAACUUUGAAAGGGAUUAUCGGAACGCUGCAAAUGAUCGCUAUCGAGGAGAGUACAUCGACGAUGAUGAGGUUGAACAUGAAGAGCUUGACAUAGCUACACGUCGCCAGCUGGAUGCUCGCCUGAAUCGCAGAGAUCGCGAACUCGAUCGUCGCCGCCGUAUGCCUGCAGCAUUCUUACAGGACGAUGAUGACGGUGACAUAGAUUUAACCCGCCAGCCUCGUCGGCGGAGGCACCAGUAUGAUGAAGAUAGGGACGAUGUUGAGAUGGGCGACGACGCUAUGGAUGAGCUCUCCCUGGAAGAGAUGGUAGAUGUCAAGGCCUCUAACGUCACGGACUGGAUUGUGCAGCCCCAGGUUCUUCGCUCAAUAUACCGAGAGUUCAAGGCUUUCCUGACAGAGUUUACUGACCCUGCUGGUGGCUCGGUGUACGGAAACAAGAUCAAAACUCUUGGCGAGGUUAACUCUGCAUCUCUUGAAGUAUCUUAUGCUCAUCUGAGCAAUACCAAAGCAGCGCUUUCAUAUUUCCUUGCGAAUGAGCCUACUGAGGUUCUCAAAGUUUUCGACCAAGUGGCUCUUGAUGUUACUUUGUUCCACUACCCGCAGUACCAUGACAUCCAUAACGAGAUCCAUGUCCGCAUUACAGAUCUUCCCAUUACUUACACGCUGCGGCAAUUGCGUCAAUCACAUCUCAACUGCCUUAUUCGGGUCAGCGGAGUUGUGACACGUCGCACUGGCGUAUUCCCGCAGUUGAAGUAUGUCAUGUUCACUUGCACCAAAUGUAACAUCACCCUGGGUCCAUUCCAGCAGGAAGCGAGCCAGGAGGUGAGGAUUUCAUACUGCCAGAACUGCCAGUCCAAGGGACCAUUCAACGUGAACUCGGAGAAGACCGUCUACCGCAACUACCAGAAAUUGACGCUGCAAGAAUCUCCAGGUUCCGUCCCUGCGGGCCGCUUGCCACGCCAGCGAGAAGUUGUGCUUCUGGCGGAUCUGAUUGACUCUGCCAAACCGGGAGACGAAAUCGAAGUGACCGGCAUUUACCGCAACAGCUACGAUGCCCAGCUCAACAACAAGAACGGAUUCCCUGUCUUUGCAACCAUCAUUGAGGCAAACCAUGUCGUUAAGUCCCACGACCAGCUGGCUGGUUUCCACUUGAACGAGGAAGACGAACGUGAGAUCCGCGCUUUGUCCAGGGAUCCAGAUAUAGUCGAUAAAAUCGUCCGAUCUGUAGCUCCCAGUAUCUAUGGACAUCUGGAUGUCAAGACUGCAGUUGCUUUAUCUCUCUUUGGUGGUGUUAGCAAAGAAGCACAAGGAAAAAUGUCCAUCCGUGGCGAUAUCAAUGUUCUCUUGCUGGGUGAUCCCGGUACCGCCAAGUCACAGGUGCUAAAGUACGUUGAGAAAACCGCCCACCGAGCUGUCUUCGCAACCGGUCAGGGUGCCAGUGCUGUUGGUCUUACCGCCAGUGUGCGUCGUGACCCCUUGACUAGCGAGUGGACCCUCGAAGGAGGUGCCCUUGUGCUGGCGGACCGUGGCACCUGCCUCAUUGACGAAUUCGACAAGAUGAAUGAUCAGGAUCGUACGUCCAUCCACGAAGCUAUGGAACAACAGACCAUUUCCAUCUCCAAGGCCGGUAUUGUUACUACUCUGCAAGCACGCUGUGCCGUUGUUGCAGCCGCGAAUCCGAUCGGUGGCCGGUACAACAGUACGGCUCCGUUCUCGGCCAACGUUGAACUCACCGAGCCCAUCCUAUCCCGUUUUGAUAUCCUCUGCGUCGUUCGUGACUUGGUCGAUCCAACCGAAGAUGAGCGUCUGGCUAGCUUCGUCGUCGAGUCUCACCACCGUGCUAACCCUGCGCGCCCUCAGAGAGACCAAGAUGGUAAUCUCAUCGAUGCGGAUGGUAACCUCAUCGACGAGGAAGGCUACCGUAUCGAUGACAAGGGCAACCGCCUCCCACCGACGCAGGAGGAGCUCGACAUACGGGAGCGUGCCAAGCAGAAGGAGGCAGAGGAGAAAGAAGGCGAGAUUCCGCAGGAGCUUCUCAGAAAAUACAUUCUCUACGCUCGAGAACACUGCCAUCCAAAGCUCUACCAAAUUGACCAGGACAAGGUUGCACGGCUGUUUGCUGAUAUGAGACGCGAGUCCCUGGUGACGGGGGCCUACCCCAUCACUGUCCGUCACCUGGAAGCCAUCAUGCGUAUCGCCGAAGCCUUCUGCAAGAUGCGUCUAUCAGAAUACUGUUCCUCACAGGACAUCGACCGCGCCAUCGCUGUCACAGUGGACUCCUUCAUUGGCAGUCAAAAAGUCAGCUGCAAGAAGGCUCUCUCCCGCGCCUUUGCCAAGUACACACUCUCCCGCCCCAAGCCCCAAUCGAGGCGUAAAGCCGGUAUCGCCGCCCCUGACCCCUUCAACCACCGGGCUACAAGGGCACGGUAG